GCGUAUUUGCCAAUGGACACAGGACAAUGGAGUAGUGUUGACUGUUGGUGUUGUGAAUUUCCGUAUUAUUAUAUUUUCUGUAAUAUCUGAACGUGUUUUACUAGUUUUUAAACUAUCAACGCUAAUCAAAGUUAUAAAUCUGAGAAUUCAUGUAGACAGUCAUUAAUUUUCAAGUGCAAAAAUUGAAUUCCUUGAGAGUUUUUUUUAUGUAUGAGACCAUUGAUGAUUGACCAAGUGAAUCAUAAUAAAGAAGAAACAAUUCUAAGACAACAAACUAACAGUGAAAAUUGAACAUUUAUUGAAAUCACCGGGUGUGCAGUUAACGAGCGUUGAAUGCGUCGUGUAGCGGAAACGGCAUAUUUGUUAUGGAGACACACUUUGGAAUUGUAUAAACGGUAGUUCGAGAUGUGGAAGGUCGGCGUAUUCUUGGCGCUCGUCGUAUCGGUCACCGCACUCCUCGAAGGUCCCAAUGUUUGCACGAGACAAGAACCAUAUGUGACCACCAUCCGAGUGUCAGAGCAGCAAGCGUACCAGAAGAAGGAGUAUUCCUGGUGUCUAAGCAUACCGCCGCGAUGUACAAAAUACAAGAUAGACUUCAAGAAAGUGUUCAAGACUCAGACUCUGGUGAAGCAGCGGCCUGUGGAAACGUGCUGCGAGGGUUACGCGGCGGACGCCAAGGGCGAGCAAUGUGUGCCUGUGUGCGUGGAGCCGUGCGUACACGGGAAGUGCGUCGCGCCAAAUACGUGCACGUGUGCGCACGGAUACGGGGGACCCGCCUGCGAUAUAUCAUGCCCCGAGGGUAAAUGGGGUCGCAACUGUCAGAACGAGUGUCGCUGCAUGAAUGGCGGGACGUGCGAGCCGCUGACGGGCGAGUGUGCGUGCGCGAUGGGGUGGCGCGGCGACGCGUGCGAGCGGGCGUGCGACGCGGGCACUUUCGGUGACGGCUGCCACCAGACCUGCCGAUGCCAGAACAACGCCACGUGUGACCCAGUCAGUGGCGCCUGCAACUGUCCCAAGGGUUUUACGGGGCCGUUGUGCGAGGAGGAGUGUCCCAAAGACGACGAAUGCCCAAUCCGGUGUCGUUGUCAGAACAGCGGCAAAUGUAACGCGUUCACGGGCGAGUGCGUGUGCGCGCCCGGCUGGACGGGGGAGGUCUGCGCUAACACGUGUCCAUCUGGAAAAUGGGGCGAGAACUGCUUGAGGACGUGUGAAUGCGCUAACGGCGCGGGCUGCCAUCACGUCACCGGAAAAUGUCAGUGUGAACCCGGCUUUACUGGGGAUAAGUGCCUGGAGUCGUGCGAGGUGGGUCGGUGGGGGGCGGGGUGCGAGGGGCGGUGCGAGUGCCAGCACGGGGGCGCGUGUUCCCCGCGCGACGGCCGCUGCGAGUGCGCGCCGGGCUGGACGGGCGUGCACUGCGAGCGCCGCGCCUGCCCCGCCCACAUGUGGGGGCCGCGCUGCGAUAAGGCCUGCGAGUGUAAUGCCGCCACUACUGACGUAUGCGACCCAUGGACGGGCGCGUGCGAGUGCGCGGCGGGGUGGGCGGGCGAGCUGUGCACGCGCCAGUGCCCGCUGCUCACUUACGGCAAGGGAUGCCGCUCCGCCUGCCGCUGCGAGAACAGCGGACACUGCUCGCCGGUCAACGGGUCGUGUCUAUGCGCGCCGGGGUACCGCGGGGUGCGGUGCGAGGAGCCGUGCCCGGCGCCGCUGUACGGCGACAACUGCGCCGACACGUGCGACUGCCGCAACAACGCCACGUGCUCGCACGAGACCGGACAGUGCUACUGCAAGCCCGGUUUCGACGGUUUGAAAUGUGACCGGCCAUGUGACGGAAAAACUUAUGGGUUGAUGUGUCGUCAGCCAUGCGACUGCGAAAAUGGUGCUCCGUGUAAUCCUGUCAAUGGUGCGUGCGUGUGCGCCGCGGGUUACGAGGGUACGCGGUGCGAGCGUCGCUGCCGCGCGGGCUACUACGGGCCGGGUUGCGCACUGACAUGCGACUGCGCGCCCAACGCGCUUGGCUGCCAUCAUGUCACUGGUGCCUGCCAAUGCGAGCCCAGCUGGAGAGGUCUCGCUAGAAAACUAGGCGUACGCUGUGAGACGCAAUGCGCGGCGGGGACAUUCGGCGAGUCGUGCUCGGAGCGGUGUCCGUGUGUGAACAACUCGUCGUGCGACGCGGCGACGGGCGCGUGCGUGUGCGCGGCGGGCUGGCGCGGCGAGCGGUGCGACGAGCCCUGCCCCCGCGGCCGGUACGGCCCCGCCUGCCUGCUCGAGUGUCCUGACACACCAGAUAACUCGACUUGCGACCCGGUGACGGGCAACUACAAGUGUCCGAGCGGCUACAAGGGUGUGAACUGCGAGUACCCGUGCCCGCUCGGCACGUACGGACAGGACUGCGAGCAGAAGUGCAACUGCAAAAAUGGCGCUGACUGCCAUCAUGUGACCGGUGAAUGUCAGUGUCUGCCCGGCUGGCACGGGGCGGACUGCGGGGUGGCGUGCGCGCGCGGCUGGUGGGGCGCGGGCUGCAGCCAGCCGUGCCGCUGCGCGCGCGACGCCGCCUGCCGUCCCAGCGACGGCUUCUGCCGCUGCCCGCCUGGAUACACAGGCGGUUAUUGCACGCAGUUCUGUCCGGAGGGCUACUACGGCGAUCACUGUAUGGAGGCGUGCAACUGUUCGUCCGAAGGCAACUGGGUGUGCGACCCCAUCAAGGGCUGCAUCUGUCAUCGCGGCUUCAUCGGCGAGAACUGCGAUAUACACGCCAGCGACGCUGUCGUCAUAGAUCCAGCUCAAAGCGGCGGUUCCAACGCUGGUCUGGCGGCGGCGCUGGUUGUGGUACUGGGCGCGAUGGCGGCGGCGGGUGCGCUGCUGCUGCUGUACUACCGCCGGCGCGUGCGCAGCCUCAAGCGGGAGAUCGCGCAUGUGCACUACACCGCCGACCCCGCCUCCCAACCAGAUCAACACUUCGACAAUCCGGUGUACGCUUUCCAAGGGUCGACUCGCAGCGACGAUUCGACGACGCUCCUCAACAACUCGACGAUAUUCAAUAACCUCGGCAACGGCAGCACCAAGCUGAGUAACGCCGCGCUAGAGAAGUUGAGGAUAACCGCCUCCACAUCGCAAGAAAGCUACGACCCACUGUCGUCGCUCAAGAACAAGGACGCGGACCUCACCAACCCCAACCUGUACCACUGCAUAGAAGACGACAACAAACUAGACCACGUCUACGACGAAAUUAAACACAAGGAGGGAUACGAGAUGGAGUACGAUCACUUGAACUAUACGCCGCCGGCUAACAAGUGGAAGGCGCACUACCAGCGCAUGAACAACGGCGUCCCGGUCGCGCCGCGCACUGACCCCGCCCCCACCCCGCCCAUACCACCUCUGCCGAAGAUCGUGCCUGAUAAGCAAGAAUACUCCAAUGGCCCCGCAGGCUCGACAAGUAUCGACCUCAGCAACGGCUCAUUGAACUCGCACAGUCUCAGCAAUGGGCCCAGCGAGCCGGGGCUGAGUACGUCGAGUUUCGAAGUCCCCGGACUCAGCGGUGGGGAGUACGGCAGCGCGGCCGACAGCGUGUCCCCGCCCCCGCCCCCCGCCAGACUAGAUGGCGCUUCGGUCGGCCCGGACCAACACUAAAGUAAAGCACAAAAUAGACGAUAAUUCAGCAUUACAUGCGAUACGUGCUGCCACGCACGCAUUUCGUUUAUUGUAUUGAUUGAUGUGAAUGACAUGCAAACUACGUGCUGUACAUUGAUUGACAAGUUCUUUAAUUUUUCGUCAUGCAAUAUGUGCAUUACAUGCACGCAUGAUCGUUACGCGAUUGGCAUGUCAUGCAACAAUUAAAACUGUCACGUAAAUGCAUGUCAUGCUGAAUUACCGUCUAGGGAGUGCUUUACAAUAGCUAGUCUCAGUAGAUAGCUAUAAUCCUGACACAAAAAAUGAUUCGGUUUUGGAAUGAAAGGAUGAUCAGUCCGACACAAUAUGCAGAAUAGAAAGCCGAAGUAAGAUGAUGGGUACCUAAGAUUCAGAGUGUACGUCGUCGUCUCGUCAAUGACGUUUAUUAUGAAACUUAGAUACACCAUCUUACCUAACAGUCCCCCAUGUCUUUUCAAAAGUCUGUAAGUGAAUUCUCCUUUUCCUGCACGCGAAAGGCGGGCAUAAAAAUAAUUAAUUGAUUAAUAACUCCAUUGAUCAUAAUCAAACACUUCAGGGCCUGUAUGUGUCUUUAUAAAAUUGUGCAUUUAAAGUUGUCAAAUACAAGGAGGAUGAAUUCUCUUAAUAAAAAUGAAACGUAGCGUCCGCCCGCCGAAAUUUCUCCCCUAAUAGGACACACUAAAGUAUAUUUUUGUAUGCAUUUUGUGGGGUAUGAUGCUUGUAUUAGAGUGAUCUCCAAUAAGUAGACGUUUGGUUUACUCGAUGUAAGAUUUGUCUAGGCACGUGAUGUGGUCGCACAACGACAAUAAAAUUGCGAUAUUUUGACGUAUUGUUACAACAACUUAUACAUAUCGGCCUGAAUAUUGAAUAUCAUCGUAAGUAGUUAUACACAACAUGUAAAAAAUUAGUAUUUCUAUACAUUUUCAUAUAGAUCGGUAGUUAUUGUAAUAUAAUCUAUUAUUAUUAUCUUCACAUCUUCACUUUACUAAAGUUAAUUGUGUUACGAAAAUUCAAAAAGAGGUUAAUAUUUAUAACGUUUUUAAAAUAUUGACUAGUUUCAAAAAAUUCGACUGAGGAGUUAUCUCAAAGUGUAUAUUCGUUUAAUAUAUUUUUCAUCAUAAAUUA